UGAAGAUCAAGCCACUUGAAAAUAAUCAGUAAGUGGAAUCGUGAGAACAAUGGAAGAUGCAGUCUCGUUGCUUGUCUCCUCUCCGUCUACGGGGAUCUCAAAGAGGACUUUGGAGGAGUCUAAUCAGGAUAAUAUUAUUGUGGAUGUACAAAAUCUAUUUAUCAUGGAUGGCGAAAACUAUGACGGUGGAUGUGGCUCUAAUCGUGUCUCUGGUUCGCCUUAUGUUAAUAGGACAAUACCCAGUGUCAGAUUACCCGGCACAACGCAUUAUCCGCUUCCAGUUCUCAUGGAAGAGAAGAAUAUUGCAAAAUAUGAAAGGAUUGUUGCUCUCAGCAAAAUGUCUCUUAAUUUUUACGAGAAAAAUCAUCCAGGAGAGCGGUAUGAGUUUGACAGUCUGAAGGAUGUGAAGAGUAUGCCUAUUUGUGGCCUAACAUAUUUCAUCAUCUUUUUGGCACAAAACUUGAGGGUAGAUGGUAGGCCUUCAGGAACAUUUAAAGCCCGAGUAAACUUGCUUAUGAAGGACAUCAAAGUGCUGGAAUGCAAGCUCAUAAAUUAAUUAGAUUGGUUAUGUAGUACAUACUAGCUGUGUAUGGAGUAUUUUCAUGUUUUAGUGGUUACUAAUAGUAUAUAUAUUUAUGCGGCACUUUGAAGUGAAGAACUGGCUUCAAUAUAAGCUAACUGGCUUGGGUACUGUUUGGGGCCUUUGGCUUCUAUUAAUGAGUAAUGACAUACUCCCU